CGCCAGCGGAGGAGAGGCAGCGCCUGGCGACACGACCGCACCGUGCAGCCGCUGCCCGCAUCUGGAACAAGACGUCUUCACGGCGCUGUCAGCAGGAUUUUUGCACAACUCUCCCACAGAAGACCAGGGAUGGGCCGCCUGGCGUUGGAAGAAGCCUCACAUCUUUUCAUGGCAAACUCCGGAGAGCAGAGCUGCUUGAUAUAAGUGAACAUUUAGAUCUGGACGACAUCUGCCUGGAUGAUGCAUUUUAGAUUACUGUGUAAGUAGAGGGAGCAAAGCAGCCAUUACCCUUCAGUGCAGCAAUUGAAUUGAAAUAUGGACACCUUCAAUGGAGGGAUUUUGACUCAACAUGUCCAGGAACCAUGAGCCUGGUCACUCAGUAGGGAUGUUGGCUGCCGUGGAACAUGGUCCCAUCCUCUGCAGCGACUCCAACAUCCUCUGCCUCUCAUGGAAAGGCCGGGUGCCCAAGAGCGAGAAGGACAAGCCGGUGUGUCGAAGACGCUACUAUGAGGAGGGCUGGCUCGCCACGGGGAACGGGAGGGGAGUCGUUGGGGUGACGUUUACAUCGAGUCACUGCAGGAGGGACAGGAGUACCCCUCAGAGAAUCAAUUUUAACCUGCGAGGACACAACAGCGAGGUUGUCUUGGUGCGUUGGAAUGAGCCCUUUCAGAAGCUGGCCACCUGCGAUAUGGAGGGAGGUAUUUUUGUGUGGAUCCAGUAUGAAGGAAGAUGGUCUGUGGAGUUAGUGAACGACAGAGGAGCCCAGGUGAGUGACUUCACCUGGUCACAUGACGGCACUCAGGCCCUCAUCGCGUACAGGGACGGCUUCGUGUUAGUUGGCUCAGUCAGUGGACAGAGACACUGGUCCUCAGAGAUUAACCUGGAGAGUCAGAUCACCUGUGGCAUUUGGACCCCUGACGAUCAGCAGGUGUUGUUUGGUACAGCAGAUGGUCAGGUGAUAGUGAUGGACUGCCAUGGCCGGAUGCUUGCCCAUGUUCUGUUGCACGAGUCUGACGGGAUCGUGAGCAUGUCCUGGAACUGCCCCAAUUUCCUGGUGGAGGACAGCACAGAGAGCGACACCGACUCUGACGACAAUAUUCUGCCUUUAGUGCGGCGAGUCAAGCCACUGUUAACAGUCACCUUCUUAUCGGGAGAUAUCAGUUUAAUGAACAACUACGAUGACCUCUCUCCUGCUGUCAUUCGCUCAGGGCUGAAAGAUGUUGAGGCCCAGUGGUGCUCCCAGGGAGAUCUGCUGGCUGUGGCCGGCAUGGAGAGGCACGGGCUUCCUCCAGACUCUUCGUGUGGAUCCAUCAUGAGGAACGCUCUCGUUAAGUUUUAUAACGUCCAAGGAGAACACAUCUACACUUUGGAGACACCGGCACAGAGACCCAUCACCACCAUCUGUUGGGGUCACAGAGACUCUCGUCUCUUCCUUGCCUGUGGCCCCGCUCUCUACGUGGUGCGUGUGGAGCACAGGGUCGCCAGCCUCCAGCUCCUAUGCCAGCAGGGCAUCGCCAGCGCCCUGCGAGAGGAGAAGGAUGUGGGGAAACUCAACAUGCCGUCGUUGCUCUGCUCUUAUGUCACCACUGCUUUCAUACCAACCAUCAAGCCCCCGAUCCCUGACCCCAACAACAUCCGGGACUUUGUCAGCUAUCCCACAGCUGGCAAUGAGAGGCUCCACUGCACCAUGAAGCGGGCGGAGGACAGCCCGGAGGCGGGCGGACCCUGCUACACUCUCUACCUGGAAUAUUUAGGAGGGCUGGUGCCUAUUCUCAAAGGAAGGAGGAUCAGCAAACUACGGCCCGAGUUCAUCAUCAUGGAUCCCAAAACAGACAGCAAAGCAGAGGAGGUGUGUGUGAACCCCAUGAUCUCAUACGCCGACAGCUGUAACUGCUCAGACUCCAGUGACAUUGAGUUGAGCGACGAGUGGGUCGGGAAGAAGUCACCAAAGUUAUCCCGAAGAAACAGGAUGAACAUAGAAUCAAGAAAAUCCCCUAAACUCUCACGAACCAAUCAGGAAGGCCAGCGGUCGCCACGAUUACCGACAAAGAAGCCUCCGAUCCGAUCUCCCAGUCUGACACGACGGGAGUUUUCUAUGGAUGGAAUCACUGAGCACAACUACCUUGCUCAAGUCACAUCCAACAUUUGGGGGACAAAGUUCAAAAUUGUGGGACUUGCUUCGUUCCUUCCCGCCAACCUUGGAGCAGUCAUCUAUAAGACCAGUUUACUUCAUUUGCAACCGAGGCAGAUGACGAUCUACCUGCCGGAAGUGCGAAAGAUUUCUCACGACUUUAUGAGCCUGCCUGUUUUCAACCCUAAUGUGUUCAGUGAAGAUGAGGACGAUUUACCAGUUAUGGGGCCAUCAGGAGUGGCAGGAGACAAUCCUUCCUGUACGGUCAACAUUCCCAUCGCUCCCAUCCACAGCCCGGCUCAGGCCAUGUCCCCGACUCAGAGUAUCGGCCUGGUUCAGUCGCUCCUGGCCAAUCAGAAUAUUCAGCUCGAUGUUUUGACCAACCCCACAGCCACUGCGGCGGCGGCAGUCGCAGCAGCUGCGGCUUCUGUCCCGGUCACCGAUCACAGCCAGGAUGCAGUUGCAUCCCCGUACCCAGUGCCGACCAGAUACUCAAACCCUGGCCAGGUGAUCUUCAACGGGCUGGAGAUGGGUCCUCUUCUUCCUGGUACUCUACCACCUCCGCCUCAACAUCUCCCACCUCACCCACAGCGAUCUCAUUCGCAGCAGCCCCGCCAGCCGUCCAAGCAGUCGCAACAAAUGCAGACACAGCAGCAGCAGCAGCAGCAGCAGCAGCAGCAGCAGAAAAUGCAUCAUCUUCAACAGCAGCAACAGCAGCAACAGCAGCAACACCAUCAUCAAUCACAGUCACAGCAGCAGCAGCAACUGCAGCAGCAGCAACAGUUGCAGCAGCAACAUCAACAGCUACAGCUACUGCACCAGCAGCAGCAAGCGCUACAUCAACAGCAGCAACAGCAUCAACAACAACUGCAGGUUCAGCAGCACCAACAAAUGCAGCACAGUCAACAGCAAGUGAACAGCCAACAGCUGCAGCACCAACACCAAAUCCAGCAGCAGCAGCAACAGAUGCAGAUGCAGCACGAGCAGAUGCAGCAGCAGCAGCAACAGAUGCAGCAGCAGCAGCAGCAAAUCCGGCAACAGAUCCAGGAGAUGAGGCAGCAGCAGCAGCAGCUCCAGCAGCAGCACCAACAGAUCCAGCAGCAGCAUCAGCAGAUGCAGAGGCAGCACCAGCAAAUGCAGCACCAGCUGAAGAUGCAGAUGUCGCUGCCGCCACCUCCAACUGGCUAUCCAACCAUUUCCCUACAGCAGAUUCACAUUCUGCCUCAAAUUGCUCACCCGUCCAUCGAACUGGGGCUAGAACGGAUCGAGCACAUGCAGAUGCACACUCUGAAGCCAAGUCUGCCAAGGACUUUACCCCCCUCCUUCAGCGACACAGAUGGGUCCAUCGAGAUUCAGAUGAGGAAGGUGAAUCCUCCUCCUCCAUAUCCAGGCACUGCAGUCUCUGCAAUUGCAGGCGCAGGCGCAGCCGCAGGCGCAGCUGCAGCCACACCUCAGACUCUUGUCACAAACAGCCCGAGCAUCCUGGCAACCGACCCCUGUCUGAAGAAGGAUGACUUCUUGCUUCACCCCGUCACUUUGCAGUACCCAACUCCUCUUGGGUAUGAAAGGAUCACGACCUUUGACAGCAGUGGCAAUGUGGAAGAGGUCUGUCGGCCACGCAGGCGCCUCAUUCGAAACCAAAAUGCAUACACUGUGCAUGGCAUCGGUGGUUCUGCCACACUCAGAGUCACCUCCUCUGAGAAUAAAAAAGUUCAGCUUCCGUACAGCUCAGCAACACUGAGUCGUCUCUCUGUCCCUCGAUACUCUAUACCAAGUGGAGACCCUCCUCCCUACCCUGAUCCGGCCAAUCAAGUAACUGCCACACUUCCUCCCCCCCAGAGAAGCGACAGUAGUCUUAUUCAUGCCACUCUACGUCGUGACCGCAGGGACGUGGGACUGAAAGUGCCGCAAAUUAUUGAAAGCUCAAGAACCCUUCCCACCAAGGCAAAAAUGAACAGUGCAUUAGCUCUCUCCUACCAGCAGAGGGUGCCCAGUGCAUUGUACACAUGCACACAGUGCAGCAGUAACAGCAGCAGCACCAGUGUCAGUGUCAGUGGAGGUGGAACUACAAGUAGUGGUAUUGCAGGUGGCACGGUGGUUAGGCAGGAAUUCCCAACUGGGAAAAGUUCACAUCACAGUACGAUUAUCGUGCACUCCAAGAGCACCUCCCCUCUGGCAUCCCACUCAUCGUACAGUCUGCUGGGUGCUGUUGAUAACAGCCGGGACAGAACAGUGUACGUAAACUCCGCCUAUACUGAAGACGAGACUUUAAAUCAACAGAGUCACCUUGAAAAAUCGAUGCGUCAGCUGACUCUCGGAGAUGUCAGUUUGACGGUGAAACGCCCUCCGCCUUACCAGUGGGACACCUCCACGACCGAGGAGUUUUGGCUCACCCCAGAGCAAACCAUGUUAGCUCCUCAACCAGGACCUCAUAAACCACCUCCAAUCAUCAUCAGUCAGGCUCAACAAUUGGACAUGACACGCCUUCCCUUUGUGCUCACAACGAAAUCGCCAUCAAGUACGACCACAGGCACUCUUACUUUCCCAUCAGGUUACCAGAUAUCCCUCUCACCUUUUCCCCCAGGUGUGGGUCACGGCGGUCCGCCACUUCAGACCUUACAGAACCCUCCAUCACAAUGCUCUCCAAACGAAGUCCCUUUUGCUCAGCAGGAUCCCACUUUAGUCUUACCACCCGGUUACCCUUCAAGUCUCGCUAACCUGGCUUGCUGCCCCCUCCCUCCGAUGUAUCCUGGAGCCAGCUCAUGUUCUGGACUCCAGCUGCACACUGUCAACCUCCAACCCUGGAACCCCUACCCCUGCCCACCACCCAUGCAAGACCCUCCAGCACCUCCCCUCCCGACCAAAACCCAUCAGAUUUUAGAGAAGCCGAUUCUCUCCCCACCUCCCCCGACUGGACCACCCCCGCCACCUCCUCUCCCGCCUCCCCCUCCACCUACCGAUCUACCACCAUCCAAAAGUGCCACAGAGGAUUUGACAGAGUCUGCGAACAACUUUCCAGAGCCAUCAUCCCUGAAUGAGAGCCCUGUGCCGCAGGAGUCGGAGCGCUUCAACAAGAAGAGCCGUAAAAGACUGGACAGCAGGGCUGAGGAGGCCAACAUGACCACCCUCUCCGAGGGCAAGUCCAGGAAGGAAGGGCGAGCGCUCUCCGACUUCAACACGCUCAUUUCCAGCCCGAGGCUUGGCAGCAGAGAGAAGAAGAAGCCCAAAGGGCCGAGAGAGCAACUCAAUAAAACCAAGAAGAUGAGCAGGACAACGAAUGAGUUCCAGGAUAGUUCCGAGAGCGAGCCAGAGCUGUUUAUUAGCGGCGAUGAGCUCAUGAACCAGAACCAGAGUAGUAAGAAGAGCUGGAAGAACAAGCGCAGCAUGCGUAUGGCGAACGAGCUGGAGGAGAUUAAGUGUCGCAAGGCGAAUGAAAGAGAGGACCGUAGUUUAGGCAGCCAAGGAUUUGUCUACGUCAUGGCCAAUAAACAACCAUUGUGGAACGAAGCCACGCAGGUCUACCAGCUGGACUUCGGAGGACGAGUCACGCAGGAGUCCGCAAAGAAUUUUCAGAUCGAGUUGGAUGGUCGACAGGUGAUGCAGUUCGGGCGGAUCGAUGGCAACGCCUACAUCUUGGAUUUCCAGUAUCCCUUCUCAGCAGUGCAGGCAUUUGCUGUGGCCUUGGCCAACGUGACUCAAAGGCUGAAGUGAAAAGGUUUAUUUUGUGUUGUUGCAGAAGAAUCCAAAAGAAGCUGCUGUGUUUGUUCCUGUGCACUUCUCAGUGUGGGGCUGUACCUGCCACAGCGUCAGCGUUGCAUCAGAAGAGAUUAUCAUCUGAAUGUAUUCAAACUUCAAAUUGUAUUUACUGUAUUAUUUACAAAAUACUCACUAUCAUUGCAUAAAAAGGGAUCUAAGUACUUAAAGUUACUUUAAAGCCUCCAGGGUUUAAGACAUCCUCCUACUUUUUAAAUACUUAGUUAAUCUUGAUGCAUGACAAAUCAUUAAUCAUUUAAUGUACAUUUGUGGAGUAAAUACAUAAAAAAAGUAGAUUUUUAAGGUGCAGCGACAUUCAAAUUUGACUAUAACAAGUAAGUAAAUUAAGAAUAGUGUUUUAAAGGGAGUAUAACCCUGUUGUUAUUUCUGUUUGAAUACACAUUGUAUUUUUAUUUAUUUUUUCAAAUCCAUUUUUCUGUUGAACUUGUAUUAGACAAUAUACUGAUAUACAUAUAUUUGAUUGUAUAAGUUGCAACAUGCAUCUAAACUCAGUUCAACAGGGCUAACUGGUUGCAGUAACCCAUAGCUCAUAUAUGUUCUAUCCAUGUCACUUCUAUGAAGUACAUAUUAAAUACAGAUUAUUUUAGCCACAAUACUGAAAAUCCCAAUUCACAAAUUAUUUUGAACACAAUUUCUUUAUCCAACCUCCCAUUACAAUGGAAAUUGUCAGAAGUGGUGAAUAGUGAAUCUACAUGUGCCAAACAAAGUUGAAUGUGCUUGUCCAAAACAAAGCCAGUCAGGAAAAAUGGUAUAAAAUGGUCGAACAAAGAUCUCAUCCCCAAACAGAACAGACUGUUACGAUUGAGAUUCUCUCUGUCGGUCUCUCCGGACCGGCUCUGUGUUGUUUUCAUGGGGUGUUUAUGAUGCUGCUUGAAAUCUCUAUUUGAAUGUGAAGUACAGUAGUUUUGCCUCCUUGGAAGUCAGUGCUGCUUUAGAUAGAGCUUGUGUGCUGUGAUGCUACUUACAUAGAAAUGAUGUUGUACUUGCAAAAGAAAAUAUAGCGCUGCUUGCACUGUGUGUUUAGUAAGUGACCUGACAUCAUUAUUACAUGCAGAGAAAUAAAUGUGCUUAUAUGUUGCUACUUUCAAUCAUUUUUCUAUUUUCAUUUACUGUAACAUGGAUUUUUUUGUUGAUGUUACAGUUGUGGAAAAUAAGCACGAGAACAAUAAACUUGCAAUGGUAUUUAAUACAACUUAUCCAUCAAUUGAUAAGACCAACAGCUAGUAUGAGAUUCAUGUGGAAUUGGUGCUAAUGUAAAAAGAAACACACUUGGGAAUGUCAGGACAUUAGAAGGUUAUCUUAAAGAAAGUAUUUUGAGGGAGGCACAAGAAAGGUUUUGGGUGCGUAGAGUUUUCAUUUAAGAGCUUUUCAUCCCAUGCAGACGUCAGCGAUGGUGUGUGUCAGUUUUCAGCAAUACUGCCGAAAGAAUAGCGGGUUGCCUGACUAUUUAUUUAUUUACUUAUUUUGUGAAGGAAACAAAAAUGUUAUGACCAUAGGUUGACAAGGACCUAUAGGCUGAGCAUAAUGUAAUAAAAAAAACUCUAUUGUU